AUGAGCGCUAUGAACGACAACUCAGUCAAAAUGCACUGGGUCCUCACUGUCACCACACUCCUCGCCGCGAUACAGGCGGCGUCCCCUGCCCCAACCGUCUCCCUCCUGACUGAUCUCCCACGGUUCAAGAACCUGCAAAAUGUGUCUAUCCGCUCUGUGCUGAAAACGAUCAACGACAAGCGCUUAAAGACCUCCACCUUUUAUUUCGGAAGUACCAUAGCAGAUCUGACCCUCAAUACUCAAAAUGCGGAAUGGACAAGUGCACGCUUCAAGGACACUUGGAACUUGGCUGUAGCUGAAAAUGACUGCAAAUGGUUCUCAAAUGAGCCUGUAGCACCGGGGGUGUUCAAUUUGACCGCAUGCCAGAGCCUGAGGGACUUUGCAUUCCAACACGGUAUUGCAUUCCGAGGACACAACACACUGUGGCACAACCAACGUCCUGAUUGGCUAGUCAACAAUCCUUUCAACUUCACUGUGUCGCAGCUCAACAAAACUAUCAUACCGACUGCUGUCCAAACUGUGGUGCAAGGACUAGGGAAAAAUCUUGUUUCUUGGGAUGUCGUCAACGAAGCUCUGUCGGAUAGUGCAACACCUGGCAUGUCCCUUACAGACUGUGUAGUCAGCGCCCAAAGAUGGCCGACGUUUGCUAUCGACGGCAAUUCUUCGUCUCCCAUGCUUUUCCACGAUUCUUCCUUUAUUAACACGGCCUUUAUCAAUGCUGACAAGGCGAGAAAAAAGAUUGGUUCCGACAUGAAGCUGUUCUACAAUGACUACAACGUGUGGGUUACUCAUUCUGUUACACACUGCGCCUUGAAACUUGUGGAAUCACUACAGAGCUCAGGCGUGGCGAUUGAUGGAGUUGGAAUCCAGUCGCAUUACAGCGCUAAUGCACAAGCGUUUCCCUCAAAGGAAUCUUCCCACUUCACGAUGGAUCGUCUCAAGAGUCUAGGUAUCGAGGGAGCGAUAACCGAGUUGGACGUUUGGCUACCCGACAACUCGACAGCAAGUUUGCGUUGGCAGGCUUCGAUUUUUGGAGACAUACUCGAUAGUUGUCUCUUCAGCACUAACUGCCACGAAUUCAUUCUCUGGGACAACCGGGACGAUGAAUCGUGGUUGGAUGGCUUCAACACGACUGGAGUGCACCAAGGCACUCUAUUUGACGCUAAUGGCCUCCCAAAACUACCGUUUUUCGAAGUACUGGCUCGUCUGCUCAACUUUGCUGAGGGUGGGGCUGAGCCUUGCGCAACGUCAAGCGGCACUUCAGUUUGCGUCCUGUAG